CAGAGCCAGCAGCCGAAAAGUGUCGCGUUCACACACACAUGCAAGGGGGUCAGAGGGAGGGCGGCAUGCGGCACUGAACGCACUCUCCUCUCCUCGGGCGCUGCGGAGCCACCAAUUCGCAGAGUGGCUUUUUUUUUUUUUUUCCCCCGUUUUGGAUCAGCCAGUGUCGGCGGGCGGGCGCCGCAGUGUGCACAGAUGAUGAGGAUGAGGAUGCUGCUCGCUUAGCAGGGCGCCGGAGAACAACAAGAAGAAGCAAUACCAGGAGAGGACGAGUUUGCAUGGAGGAGUAGGGGGGCUCGUUUUUUUCUUCUUUUUUUAUUCCCCCUUUUCCACCAGUCUGUUGGAGUAGACAUGAACAGCGUGGAUCCAGCAUCCAGUAAACUGUUGACUUUCAAUCAGCGCUCAGCCUCGGAGGACUUGGGGUGCCGGCGUGGAGACUUCAGCAGGAAGCACUACGGCUCUGUGGAGCUGCUGAUAUCCAGCGACGCAGACGGGGCCAUUCAGAGGGCGGGGCGCUUCCGCGUGGAGAAUGGCUCCACCGAUGAGCAGAAUUUGGACUACGCUCCCGGUACCUGGAGGAGAACCGACGUGCACUUGGAAAAUCCCGAGUACCACACCAGAUGGUUCUUUAAAUACUUCCUGGGGAAAGUGCACCAAAACUACGUGGGCACGGAUGCGGAGAAGAACCCCUUCUACCUGUCGGUGGUCCUGUCCGACCAGAACAACCAGCGGGUUCCGCAGUACCGAGCCAUCCUCUGGAGGAAAACGGGCACCCUGAAGAUCAGCCUCCCUUACAGCCCCACCAAAACACUAUCGGUCAAGUCCAUCCUCAGCGCCAUGAACAUGGACAGGUUUGAGAAAGGCCCGCGGGAGAUCCUCAACCCCGACAUUCAGAAGGAUCUGCUCGUGUUGGAGGAGCAGGAGGGCUCCGUCAACUUUAAAUUCGGCGUCCUGUUUGCUAAAGACGGACAGCUCACGGACGACGAGAUGUUCAGCAAUGAAAUGGGCAGCGAGAGCUUCGAUAAGUUCCUCAAGCUCCUCGGCGACAGCAUAACCUUGCAGGGUUGGGCCGGCUAUCGGGGAGGCCUGGACACCAAGAACGACACUACGGGGAUCAAGUCCAUCUACACGGUGUAUCAGGGCCACGAGCUCAUGUUCCACGUGUCCACUAUGUUGCCCUACUCCAAAGAGAACAAACAACAGGUGGAGCGCAAGCGCCACAUCGGAAACGACAUAGUGACCAUCGUGUUCCAGGAGGGCGACGAGGCGUCGUCGUCCUUCAAGCCGUCCAUGAUCCGCUCGCACUUCACCCAUAUUUUUGCGUUAGUUCGCUAUAAUUGCCAGACUGACAGUUACAGGUUGAAGAUUUUUUCCGAGGAGAGCGUCCCGCUGUUUGGACCGCCUCUGCCGUCGCCGCCGGUCUUUACGGAUCACCACGAAUUCAGGGACUUUUUAUUAGUCAAACUAAUCAACGGAGAGAAAGCCACACUGGAGACGCCGACGUUUGCCCAGAAGCGUCAGCGGACCUUGGACAUGUUGAUCCGCUCGCUCUACCAGGACCUCAUGCCCGACCUGCACAAGGUCCCUUUCUCCCCGCAGAACAUGCUGAACCGCCGCUCCUUCAGCGACGUGCUGCCCGAGUCGCCCAAGUCGGCGCGCAAGAAGGAGGAGGCGCGCCAGGCUGAGUUUGUCAGGAUCGGCCAGGCUCUCAAGCUAAAGACCAUCGUGAGAGGCGACGCCCCCACCAGCCUGGUCACCACCGGCUUGUGCAGAAAAGAGCCGUGGGAGUCGCAGUCGUUCUGCAGCGCGUUCCCUCACGAGGUGGUGUGCGCCGACUCGUGGGGCCAGUCGCUGCUGGUGGCCACCGACACGGCGGGGGUCCUACUGCUGGACGGCCCUGAUCUGCCUUCAUCCAGCACCGAGGCUCAGGCUCUCCCGGCGGCGGCGGCGCAGGUGUUUGACAAGACGCUGGCGGUGAAGCAGAUGCACAUACUUGAGCCUCAGGACCUGCUCAUCACCAGAGCAGACAAAGGGAAGGACGCUCGACUGUACGUCUUCCGUCUGAGCACGCUCAGGAGAGGCCUGGAGGAGCGCCAACAGGCCCGGGGCAAGUGCGAUAGCCGGGAGAAUAAACUGGAGAAAACCAAAGGUUGCCAUUUGUACUCCAUCAACACACACCACGGCUCAGAGCUGAGGAUCGUGGCGGCCAUCCGGAACAAGCUGCUCCUCAUCACCCGCAAACGCUUCGAAGGCUUCAGCGCCGUGGGCGGGGUCGACUCGCCGGUGGAGGAGUUUCAGUACAUUCGGGAGAUCUGCCUGUGCGACCCGCCCGCCGUGAUGGCGCUGGUGGACGGGCCGACGGGCGAGAACGACAACAUGAUCUGCGUGGGCUACAAGCAUCAGUUUGACCUGAUCAACGAGAGCACGGGCGACGCCUACCGGCUGCACCACGUCGACGCCAACAGGGUCAAUUUUGUGGCAGCUAUCGACGUGUACGAGGAUGGCGAGGCCGGGCUGCUCUUGUGUUACAAUUAUAUUUGCUCGUACAAGAAAGUGUGUCCGUUCAACGGCUCCACGCCCAUGAUCCAGUCCAACGCCUCCGACUUCCAAUUCAGCUGGAACCAGAUGCCCAACGCUAUUGUGUGCGCCUUCCCAUACAUCCUGGCUUUCACCACCGACUCCAUCGAGAUCCGCCUGGUGGUCAACGGCAACCUGGUGUACACGGCGGUGGUCCCGGAGCUGCAGCUGGCCUCUUCGCGGUCGGACAUCUACUUUGUGUCUUCGGCUCCGGUGAGCUCGGCCUCCAACUGCAGUUCCAGGGACGCCAGCUCGCAGAGUUCCCCGCAGACGCCCACCGGCUACGAGAUGCCCGUUUUCCCCUCGCCCCUCGGGGACGAUUCCAUACGAAUCCCCUACGGUACCAAGCUUUCGCUUUACACGUCGAAGGACGCUGAAGGCGAGUCGGCGUGUAAGCACAUCUUCAAGAUCCCCCUGUGCAACCUGGUGGGCCGAAGCGUGGAGAGGCCGCUCAAAUCGCCGCUGGUCAACAAGGUGCUGACGGCGCCGCCCGCCGCUCCCGUCCCGGUGGCGUGCGCCGGCCCCCUCGUCUCGGCCACGCACUCGCUCUCCCUGUCCCGCAUGGAAAUCAAGGAGAUAGCUAGCCGCACGCGCAAGGAGCUGCUGGGUCUCACAGAAGAACCGAGCAGUAAAUCAGACGGCGGCGUGUCCAAAGCGAGGAAAGCCAGCAAAAAGAACGUGGCGGCGGAGGAGCCCAGAGAGCGAGCGCUAAUGUCCACCAACAGCGACAGAUUGGACUCGGAGGCAGGCGACGCCGACUUGGACGCGGCGUCUAUUUUGGAGGCGGAGCCAGAAACAUCGGUGCUCGGGGCCGAAAGUCCUCCGCCCCUGGCCGGCGCCUUCGCCGCGUCCUUCGAGGAAGACGUCCUGGACCUCAAGUGACGACAAUCCCCUUGUGCACUUCUCUCACUCGUGUACCUUUUGACACUGCUCACAAAAAAAUGGGAUUUUGGGCUGACAUUUCAAGACAUAUAGAAAAAAUAUACAUAUAGAGGGAGAGAGUGUGUGCGUGCGUGUUACGGUGUAAUUGUAAGACCCCGAAACAUUCAACAACCAGAUAAACGCUUUGAAAAGGUCACCAGUGAAACUCGUGUAUUGAUCCUGAAAUUUCCCCCAAAAGCUCAAUAAUCCAAAUUUUCUGUGAGUAGUAGACUAUUGUGUUUUUUUUUUGUUGUUGUUGUUGCUGAUUUCUUUUUUUCAUGCAAAUUUAUUUCAUUUUUUUAUUUGAUGUUAUUUUUGUCUCCCCUCGUUCAAGAUGGCCACCGCGUCCGACGGAUGUGUCAGUGUGCGAGUGUUCGUAAUCAAUACCCAAAGAGUGGCGACCGGUGUCAGGUUCAACCCCAAUUAGAUAAUUUAAGUGUGGUAUCACGAGAUGUGCUGAUUAUAUUUUGGAAAAAAUGUCGCUUGUAGAAGUCUGUUUGUACACAAAGUGGCGCCAUGAAGCGUAUUUCUAGAUGUAUUCUAUCAAAACAAAUCUAUUUUAUUCUCUUAUUUAGUAAGAAGAGCAGAAAUGGUCUCUUCUCUGGCUAAUUGCCCUUUCACAGGUUGAAAGGAGGGCUGGAGGACUUUCCUUCCCCAAAGUGCCAUUUCCCAGCAGCCAGCGCCAGUGGAAUCUGCGUCACCUCCUUCAGGGCUUGGCGCUAGCAGCCAUGAUUGUAGUCCUUUUCCAGGUAACCAGAGUACAAAUUCAUUACAAGAAAUGCGCACCAGAGUUUUUUUUGUUUUUGCCCAACAUCUCCGAAGCAAAUGGAAACAAAAUUGGUACCAAUUCUAACUGAAUAUUGUAAAAGAUCAUUUUGAAACGAACCGCGAUAUAGCAACGGGGGGGGGUUGGCUGUAUUUAUCAAAUGAGCACUUUGUUCCAAAUGCACCCUUUUGAAAGAGCUCGCUCAGCAUCACAAUCUGAAGUCCAAUCAAUCCAGCUUUUGAAGGGCCAGUCCCCGCAGCAGCCUUCAUAGAACUUUGCAUGACCUCGUCACUUCCUCAAACCAGGAAACGUUAACACACACACACACACGCACGCAAAAUGUUACGCAAUGUUUACAAAGGUCCUCCACUCAUGUUUAUUAUGACGGCCGGGUUCCCGUCUUAUUGCUUCUUUGUUUUCCUUUGUCUACCUCCCUUUGGCUCUUUAGUUUUUGUUGUUGUUGUUGUUGUUGGAUUGUUGCUGAACCUCUUUGUGCUAUCCAAUGAAACAAAACACGCACACACACACGUGGAAAAAAACCAACACCAAGUGUCUUAAAAAUAUUGUACCGCCAUUGUUUUUAAUGCCAAGUACUACUUGUAAAUGUUUGUGUAUCAAAUGUGGCCUCAAAUUAUGAAGCAGAGCUUAUUAUGACGAUGAUGAUGACGACUAUUAUUAUUAUUGUUGUUAUGAUGAUGAUUAUUGGAGCAGUUAUUUGAAACAAGUGCUGUAGACCACCGCUGUGAAAGUAAGUCUUUCUGUUUAUUGAUAUGUCAUAAAUAUUUAUGAAAUUUCA